UUCCUGCAUCAUGUUUGAUUGUGUUUAGUAAUAGUGUUUCUUUACAGAGUCUUGUAAAGAUUUGAUUUUUAUUAGUGUUCCUAUUCUAUUUGCAUGAGUUCUUGUUAUUGGUGCAAUUUUUUUUAUUUCUUGUUGAUGGGUUUCUGUGUUUUAUGUGGAAGCGCUUCUUUGAAUAACUUUGAGUCAAACAAGAACCCCAAAAUUUGAUUUUUUUUUGUUUUUGUGACCACAAAUUUCUAUUUCUGUUGUAUGUUAGUAUUUCCAAAUGCACUUCUCUCUGUGUGUGUGUGACUGUGUGUGAGAAGAUAGAAUUUGAUGGAGAAUUGGAGGCAUGGAGACUCCUUCUCCUGGUUGCUUUUGGGUGCAUGUGAUUUGUUGUUAGAGAAUCAGUACUUGAAUUUUGGAUAAGAUUAUGUAUAUUUGUCUUGUCUGGGAUGUAUUAUUGCUCUAUACCUUUUCCAUGGCAUUUUCUAUCCAUUCAAUUUUAUCAACGCUCAAUUUGAAGGCUUUAAACUCUCCUACAUUAUCUGUUGUUCAAAUUGUAGUUGUUGUUGAUUCCCUCACUUAGAAUUCUUCCACUCAUAUGUGUUGUGUAGACUAAAAUGGAUUCUUCCGAGGCUACAAAGGUUGUAAUCAAGAGGAUUUCGAGCCUCGAGCCGGAGCAUGUUGCGAAGAAGAUAAUAGGAUACAUGUAUUUUCAAGAGCUUUCUGACCAGGAGAUGAUUAGAUUAGCCUUAGGCCCUGAUACCUUAAUCCAUAACUUGAUACAGAAAGCUAAAACCGCGCGCUUAUUAGCUUCAUCACAAGUUACUUCACCUCCAAUUUCCCCUACUAUCAUCAAUCCAGACCCUUCAUUUCAGUUUGCUCCCUUCCAAUCAGUUUCACCUCGUCCCUUUCCAUCCCCACCUGCAUUUCGGAGGAUGGAGCCUUACUGGGAUCCUCAACUCCCCGUUGAGCAACCAGCAAAGCAGAAUGCCCCUUUCUACCCUGACUAUAUAGGAUUGGAGGAUCCAUUAGAUGUCGUUGUGAAGCCAAAUGAUUACUAUUUCCACGAAGCAGCACUCAACAGUUUGAGUGGUAGGGGCGGUGGCAGCUCUUCUAACUUGAUGGAUUUUCCUGUCAAAACUUGUCAUUACUUCAUCAAAGGCAUUUGCAAGCAUGGCAGUAACUGUAGGUAUUACCAUGGGGAGUUGUUUCUGGAGAGUCAUCCCCAUGCUUCUUUUGGUCUUAGUUCAUACGAUAUAGCUGGAGACGAGGGGUUCUUACCGGGGUCACUUGAGAAGCUUGAGUUAGAAAUUACUGAGCUCUUGAAAUUGAGAAGGGGGCAUCCGGUUUCCAUUGCUUCUCUGCCAAUGCUGUACUAUGACAAAUAUGGGAAAACUUUGCAAGCUGAAGGGUACUUGACUGAGAGCCAGAGACAUGGUAAAGCCGGUUACAGCUUGACAAAACUUCUAGCUCGGCUGAGAAACAGUAUUCGUCUCAUAGACAGGCCUCAUGGGCAGCAUGCUGUGAUCCUUGCUGAGGAUGCUGCGAAGUAUUUGGAUAUUCGUGCUGAAAGAAAUGAUCCUGGCCCAAUUGUCAGUGGCUCGCGCCAAAUUUAUUUGACCUUUCCAGCUGAGAGCACCUUCACUGAAGAAGAUGUUUCUGACUACUUCAGUAACUAUGGACAAGUGCAGGAUGUGAGGAUCCCGUGCCAGCAGAAACGAAUGUUUGGUUUUGUAACUUUUGCCACUACAGACACUGUGAGGCUGAUUUUGUCCAAGGGAAACCCCCAUUACGUGCGUGGUGCCCGUGUUCUUGUUAAACCCUAUAGAGAAAAGGCAAAGCUUGUCGAGAGGAAAUACUUGGAAAAUUUUGAUCAUCCCGUUUUCUUCCAGCCACACCCUGCAGAUAUAGACUCAGAUUUUCUAACAGGUUCAUCAAGGUUAUUCCCACGUGAGCUAAUGGAAGAACAGGAACGCGUAGUUGAACUUGAGGCAACACACCUUUCGCAGCUCCAGUUAGCUAGCAGACAGUUCAACGAUCUGUUGGACGUUUUGCCACUCGGCAGUGAUCAGGAGAGCAGUCAAGGAGUUGGUCUGCCCGAUAGCCCAUUCGCCUCGGCGGUGGGCAGCAGCAUUUCAGCAGUUAUAUAGAUGCAGGCAAGAUACACAAGAUUAUAGAGAGCUUACUAAGAAAGAGGUGCUGGUUUUAGAAGGCAACACCACAAAAUACACUUCACUUUUCAUUUCUCAACAAGACAUUUUUCAUUUCUCUUUGCUGAAGAAGAAUCAUAGGGAUCUACUUAGUUUUUUUCUGACGAAGAAAUGUAAUAUACCAAGGUAGGAUGUGGGGAGAUGAAACAAGUUACCCACCAGUAUAUAUAAAGUAGUAAUCUUAUUAAAUUCAA